AUGUACUCCCCAGAAGAAACCAUCUCUACUACCACCUCCACCAAAGUGCCAGUCAAGUAUGGGGAGCUCCUUGUACUGGGGUACAAUGGCUCACUGCCGAAUGGGGACAGAGGCAGACGUAAGAGUCGCUUUGCACUAUGUAAAAGACCCAAAGCAAACGGAGUGAAACCCAGCACAGUCCACGUCGCCUGCUCCCCGCAAGCAGCCAAGGCCAUAAGCAACAAAGACCAGCACAGCAUUUCCUACACCCUGUCCCGAGCCCAGACAGUGGUGGUGGAGUAUACACAUGACAGCAAUACAGACAUGUUCCAGAUUGGCCGAUCCACAGAGAGCCCCAUAGACUUUGUGGUGACAGACACUGUUGCAGGCAGCCAGAGUAACACCGACACACAGUCAGUCCAAAGCACCAUCUCCAGAUUUGCCUGUCGCAUCAUAUGCCAGCGCACAGCGCCUUACACCGCCCGCAUCUACGCCGCAGGCUUUGACUCCUCCAAGAACAUCUUCCUUGGGGAGAAAGCUGCUAAGUGGAAGACGCCUGAUAGUCAAAUGGAUGGACUCACUACAAACGGCGUGUUAGUGAUGCACCCCCGGAAUGGCUUCAGCCAGGACUCAAAGCCCGGCGUAUGGAGAGAGAUCUCCGUCUGUGGAAAUGUCUUCACGCUGAGAGAAACACGCUCAGCACAGCAGCGAGGGAAGAUGGUGGAGACGGAAAGCCAGGAGCUGGUGGAUGGUUCACUAAUUGACUUAUGUGGUGCAACCCUGUUAUGGAGAACAUCUGAAGGACUGGCACGCACUCCUACACUCAAACACCUAGAGGCGCUACGACAAGAGAUCAAUGCAGCUCGUCCUCAGUGUCCUGUGGGCUUCAACACUUUGGCCUUUCCCUCCAUGCGCCGCAAGGACACUCCUGACGAGAAGCAGCCCUGGGUCUACCUGCAGUGCGGCCAUGUGCACGGCUACCACGACUGGGGCGGCCACCUUGAGGAGCGGGAGGGUAGAGAGGGCCGCCUGCGGGAGUGUCCCAUGUGCCGGGCCAAAGGUCCUUAUGUGCCGCUGUGGCUUGGCUGUGAGGCGGGCUUCUAUGUGGACGCUGCUCCCCCCACACACGCCUUCAACCCCUGUGGUCAUGUCUGCUCCGAUAAGACAGCCUCAUUUUGGAGUCAAAUCCCCCUGCCUCACGGCACACACACUUUCCACGCAGCCUGCCCCUUCUGCGCACAGCAGCUGAACGGGGAACAAGGUUAUGUCAGACUUAUCUUCCAAGGACCUCUCGACUAG